AUGCUCGCCAACACGCUCCGCCAGCGCACGCUGGCCGCAGCUCGCCGCACACCGCUCGUCCCCACCUCUGCAUCCCUGGCACCCUCGUCGGUCCCCAUCGCCUCCACCUCGGCCGCCGCUUUCGGCACCACGGUUUCGGGUGCCGCAGCCUCGUCCCCGAAGCCCACCCCUCCGCCUCGCUCGCCGCACCACGACGAGAAGUUCCUCAGCUGGAAUCAAUACCUCCAGCUGCGCCGCUCCCGCCGCCUCGCUGGCCUCGUCACCACCGUCCCCACCACCGCCCUCGCCGCCACCGCGGCCGGCUCCUACUUCCUCACCCUCGAGGUAGACCCCACCAACGCCAUCGCCGGCAUCGACCCCACCUUCAUCUACGCCGGACUCACCCUCGCCUUCACCGGCCUCGGCUGGCUCACGGGCCCCACCAUCGGAUCCUCGAUCUGGACCCUCCUACACCGCAAGCAGGCAAAGCAGAUCGCCCAAAAGGACCACGACUUCUUCGAACACAUCAAACGAAGGCGGGUCGAUCCGUCAAGGCAGAGCAUGCAAAACCCCGUGCCCGAUUUCUACGGCGAGAAGAUUGGUAGCGUCAAGCAGUAUCGUCAGUGGUUGCGAGACCAGGCGGCCUACAGGAGAAAGGCGGCGCACGGCCUCGAUGCAGAUGUAUAA